AUGUAUUCCCUCUCUAUAUUCUUUUUCCUUCUUUCUCCUCUCCCUUAUUCUUUCUAUUUCUUCUCCUUCUACUCCUUCCCUAUUCUUUCUCUUUCUUCUUACUUCCCCCUUUCCUUCGCCUGUAUUCCCUCUCUAUAUUUUUUUUUCUUUCCUUCCCUUAUUUCUUUCUAUUUUCUUCUCCUUCUCUCCUUCUCUAUUCUUUUUAUCUCUUUCCUCCCUUUCCUUCGCCUGUAUUCCCUCUCUAUAUUCUUUUCCCCCCUCCUUCUUUUUUCUUUCUCCUUUUAUUCUUUCUAUAUUCUUCUCCUCCUACCUCUUCCGCCUUCCCUUUUUCCUCUUUCUCAAUCUUUCUACUUCUCUUCCCCCUUUCCUUCUUCUUCUUUUUUCUUCUCUAUAUUACUUCUUCCUUUUUCCUCCUUCUCCUUAUUCUUUUCUAUAUUCUUCUCCUCCUUUAUCUCCUUCUCUAUUCUUUCUACCUCUUCCCUUUCCUUUAACCUUUUUCCCCUCUCUCAUAUUCUUUCUCCUCCACCUCUUUCUCACUUCCUUCAUUCUUUUCUUUUUUUCUUCUCCUUCCUACUCUCCUUCUCUAUUCUUUAUACUCUUUCCCUUUCCUUUGCCUUCUAUUCCCUCUCUUUAUUCUUUUCCUUUAUUUCUCCUUCCUUAUUUGUUUCUAUAUUCUUUCUCCUCCUCCUACUCCUUCUCCUCCCUAUUCUUUAUACUCUCUUCUUCGUUUUAUACCUUUCCUUUCUUUUCUUCCUUCCUUUCUUCCCUCUUCCCCUCUUUCUUUUCCUUCUUUUCUUUUUUCCUUCUUUUUCCUUUCUAUAUUUCUCUCCUCCUGUUUUUAUUCCCCCUUUCCUCCUCCCCCUCUUUUCUUUUCCUUCCACCUCCUUAUAUUUCUAUAUUCUUCUCCUCCUACUCUCCUUCCUAUUCUUUAUACUUCUUUUCUUCCUCUCUAUAUUCUUUUCUUUUUCUCCUUCUUUAUACUUUCUUUAUUCUUCUUUGUUUUCUAUCUCCCUUCUUAUUCUUUCUAUUUAUUUUUACUCUUUUCCCCCCUUUCCUUUCCCUCCCCCUCCUCCUAUAUUCUUUUCCUUCUUUCUCUUUCUUUCCUUUCUUUCUUUCUUUCUUCUUCCCCUACUUCCUUCUCUAUUCUUUUCCUUCUUCCCUUUCCUUCGCCUGUAUUCCUCUCUAUAUUCUUUUCCUUCUUUCUCGAUUCCUUAUUUUUUUUAUAUUUUCUCUCCUCUCUCCUUCCUUUCUCCUUCUCCUCCACCUUCUCCUGUAUUCCUCUCUCUAUUCUUUUCCUUCUUUCGAUCCCUUUUCUUUCUACCUUCUUCUCCUCCCACUUUUCCUUCUUUUCUUUUUUCUUCUUUCCUUCCUUUGUUUUCCUACUUUUUUUCUUUAUUCUUUCCUUUAACUUCUUUCUCCUUCCCUCAAUCUUUAUAUUCUCCUCCCCUUCCCUCCUUCUACUUAUUCUUCUCUAUAUUCUUUUCUUCUUUCUCUUCCUUUCUUUCUUUCUUCUCCUCCUUUCUCUUUCCCUAUUCUUUAUUUUCUCUUCCCCUUUCCUUCGCCUGUAUUCCCCUCCUCUAUUCUUUUUUAACUUCUUUCUCGCUUCCUUAUACUAUCUCUUCUCCUCCCACUUUCCUUCUCUAUUCUUUAUACUCUCUUCCCCCUUUCCUUCGCCUGUAUUCCUCUCUCUCUUUUCUUUCCUUCUUUCUCUUUCUCCAUUUAUUUCUUCUUUUCUAUCUUCUUCUCUCUCCUCCUCUCCUUCUUAUUCUUUAUAUUCUUUUUCCCCUUUUCUUUCUCCUUCUUUUAUAUUCUUCUUAUUCUUUUCCUUUCUUUCUCUCUUCCCCUUCCUUUCCUUUCUUUCCUCCUUCUUUCCUUCUCUAUUCUUCCUUUAUUCUUUCUUUAUCCUUAUCCUCUCUUUCCCCUUUCCUUCUUCUUUCCUCCUCCCCUCUUUUAUUCUUUUCCCUCUUUUCUCUUCCUUAUAUUCUUCUUCUUCUUUUGUUCUUUCUCCUUUCUAUUUUCUUACUUCUUCCCCUUCCUUCCUUCCCUUCCUUCUCUAUUCUUUUUUUUCUUUUCUUUUUUCUUCUUAUGUUUUCUAUCCUUCUUCUCCUUUAUCUUUCUCCCAUUCUUUAUUUCUUCCCCCUCCUUCGCCUUAUUUGUUUUUUUCUUUUUUUCCUCUCUCCCUCCUCCUCUAUAUUUCUCCUCUUCUUCUCUCCACUCUCUUCCCCCUUUCCUUCUUCCUUAUUCCCUUCUAUAUUCUUUUUCUUUCCUUCUUUUCUUCCUUCCUAUACUUUCUAUUUCUUCUCUUCCUCUCUCCUUCUUUAUUCUUUUUCUCUCUCUUCCCUUUCCUUUCUCCAUUUAUUCCCUUCCUUAUUCUUUUCCUUCUUUCUCCUUCCUUAUACUUUCUAUAUUCUUCUCCUCCUCUUUUUCCUUCUCUAUUCUUUAUACUCUCUUCCCCUUUCCUUCGCCUUCCCUCUUUCCUAUUCUUUUCCUUCUUUCUCUUUUCCUUAUCUUUCUUUCUAUUUUUUAUCUUUUUUCAUUUCCCUUAUAAUUUAUUUUUUUUCUUUUCUUUCUCCUUCUCUAUUCUUUAUACUCUCCUCCCCUUUUUAUUCCCUUCUUCCUUCUAUAUUCUUUUCCUUCUUUCUCUCCUCUCUUUAUACUUUCUAUAUUCUUCUCCUUUUCCUUCUUUUCUCCUUCUCUGCCCUUCCUCACUUUCCUUCGCCUCCUAUUUUCUUUUUCUUCUCUCCUCCUUCUUUCUUCUCCUGUUCUUCCUUAUACUUUCUAUUUUCUUCUCCUCCUACUUCUUUCCUUCUUUCCUAUUCUUUAUACUCUUUCCCCCCCUUUCCUUCGCCUUUUUCCCUUAUUCUUUAUAUUCUUUUCCUUCUUUUUCCUUCCCCUUAUUUCUAUAUUCUUCUCCUCCUACUCUCCUUCUCCCUCUCACUCUUUCUUUUCUCCCCCUUUCCUUCGCCUUUAUUCCCUCUUUUUAUAUUUCUUUUUUCCUUCUUUCUUAUACUUUCUAUAUUCUUCUCCUUCCUUCUCCUUCUUCUAUUCUUUUCCUAUCCUCUUCCCCCUUUCCUUCCUUUAUUUAUUUCCCUCUUAUUUCUUUUUUUUCUUUCUCCUUCCUUAUACUUUCUAUAUUCUUCUCCUCCUCCUCCUUCUAUCUUUUAUUCUUCCCCUAUGUUCUUUUCCUUUCUUUCUAUAUUCUUUUCUUCUUUCCUCUUCCUUUAUACUUUCUUUUCCUUCUUCUCCUUUUUUCUUCUUUCUUUUCUAUCCCUCCUUCGUUUAUUCCCCUCUCCAUUUAUUUUCCUUCUUUUCUUUCCUUAUUUGUUUUAUUCUUUUCCCCUCCUUUCUUUCUCUUUUCAUAUCCUCUCUUCCCCUCUUCUUCCUUUCUUUUCUUUCUUUCUUUUCCUUUCUUCCUUUCCGCUCCAUUCUUUUCCUUCUUUCUCCUUUUUAUUCUUUGUUUUCUAUCCCCUUUAUCUUUCCCUUUAUUUUACCUCUAUUUUUUCCUUCUUUCUCCUUCCUUAUUCUUUCUCUUCUCCUUCUCCUCCUCCUUCUAUUCUUCUUUUCGAUUGUUCUUUCUUUCUUUCUUUUUCCUUUUCUUUCUUUAUUUUUCUAUUCCUUCUUCUUUUUAUCCCUUCUUUCUCUUUUUCUUCUUUGUUUUUUUAA